GUUAUCUUUCGCGACACCUCCCGGCUUAAAUCUCUGCCUCCCUGUAAAUAGCAACCGCGGCACCCGAAGGAUGGGCCGGGGCCGGAGGAGGCGGGCCGGCGGGCGGGCCGGGGCCGGCAUCCCGGUGCGGUCUCAAGCCGAGCAGCAUCCGCUGGGGCGGCAGGUCCCCACCGGCCGCGGCCGCUGCGCCCGCCGGCCCCGAGAGCAGUGAGCGCAUCUGUGGCAAUGACCUUCUGGAGGGAGCCGCGCUCGCCCCCUCCCUCUCUUGCAGAAAGUCAAACAAGUCAAUGAGGAAAUAGAGAACUUAAAGAAAAAAAAAAAAGGCGCAACAACAAACCCCCUGUCUCCGUGUCUGGAUGAUUUUUGGGCUGAUCAGCAUCACCUAAAGGAAAACUUUGGUGACGCCCGGGGAGCGGACGUGCUUUUCCACCGGGAUGCGGGCAGUGGCUCUGUGAAGUGCGGGGCAGCAGCGGGUGUCCGCCCGCGGAGGUGGGGUGCGCGGCGCCGAGCCCCUCAGCCCCUGCCCAGCGCGCCUGACCCUGCCGGUUCGGGGGUGUUCUGGGGUAGGGGGCUGCCUGCCAGCCUCAAGCAACUGAGGUUCGUUACUGAGAUUUUUAACCAGAACUGUUUCCUAUUUAUUUAUUGAGAGGAGAGGGGUUUUUCUUUUACAGCAUCAUCUGUUCUGAAGAAAGGAGGGAGGAAAGGGAAGGGUUAAAGCUAAAGAAGUAAGUCCUCUCUCCGGAGGAAAUGCCUUUUGCGCUCUCCAGAUGACCUUUUCUGAAAAUGCAGCCUUUCCAGUUGACCGUUUUUUAUUUUGACUACAAAGUGUGUGAAACUGAGCCCUAACUUCUCCACAAACCCCAGGAUGUGCACUUCUGGGAUUAGCAAUAUGGGGCAUCUGUUGUCACCUCUCCUCUUGAGCCUGGCAGCAGUUUUUUCCAAAGUGACUGAGAGUCGAGGGAUUCUGGAGAGCAUACAGAGAUUUUCUUUACUGCCAACUUACUUGCCUGUGACUUAUCAUAUCCACAAUGCGGAUGUUUCCUUCUUUCUUAAGGAAGCCAACCAGGAUAUUAUGAGGAAUUCUAGCUUGCAGUCCCGAGUGGAAUCCUUUCUGAUCUACAAAUCCAAGAGGCCACCCGUAUUAAAUGCCAGCUAUGGACCUUUUUCCAUUGAACAAGUAGUGCCCCAGGACUUAAUGUUGUCUUCAAAUCCAUUUGGAUCUACUAACAAGUUCUCCUUUAAUUGGAAACUUAAGGCCUUUAUAAUGAGUGACAAAAUUUACCCAAGCAAACCCAAAGUCCAGGUCCUGUUCUACAUAGUGGGCAGGGACUGGGAUGACUACAGCACCACGGAACGGCUGCCCUGCCUGCGGGUGUUUGCCUUUCGAGAGACGCGGGAAGUCAGAGGCAGCUGCAGAUUGCAAGGAGAUCUGGGGUUGUGUGUGGCAGAGCUGGAGCUUCUGCCAAGCUGGUUUAACCCCCCCACGGUUGUUGCUGGCCGUAAGAAACCAGUGGAUCAGUCUGAAGGGAGCCCUGUGGAGCUUUACUAUGCCAUACAGCCAGGAGAUGAGAAAGGGGAAUGCACCAAGGAGGAUGUCAGGAAAAGUAAUGGGAUCCGACCAGGGCGCAAUGACAUUGAUGAGUCAGGACCUCCCUUGCAGAGGAUUGGAAGUGUUUUCCUUUACCAGACACGUGCUGUCCCUUCCUUAAAUGAAAUGAAAUUGGAUAAUAACAUUGCCAUCCAGUAUGCACCAAAGACUGUCAAGCAAGGUGACAUUUUGACUUUCCUUGUAUCUGUUGCUAAAAAUUCGACAGAAGAUCAGUUCACGCUGAGGGCAAAGGUGAAGAAAGGUGUGAACAUUUUCAGUGUGAGAGCCAGCAGCCCAUACUUAUGGGAUAUCAGAGAGAGCAUGGAUUAUACCGGGAAACAUGCACCAGCUGUGAUUGUUUGCCAGAGGAAAUCUGCUGCCUCUGAAAACAGUGCGGAUGGUCCUUCCUCUGAAAUCAUGCAGAUUGAUUUUGAAAUUGAAGACCUAAUUGACUUACCUGGGACCCAGCUCAUCACAUGGCAGGUAGAAUAUCCCGGAGAUACAACAUCUGAUCUAGGAAUCUCCAAGAUCUACAUAAACCAGAAGGACCUGGUAGGAGUUCUCCCUUUGGCUAUGGAAGCAGAGAUCCUGAAUACAGCUAUUCUCACUGGGAAAACAGUGGCUGUCCCUGUCAAAGUGAUCUCCGUGGAAGAUGAUGGGACUGUGACUGAUCUUCUGGAAUCUGUGGAGUGCAGAUCAUCAGAUGAAGAUGUCAUUAAGGUUUCUGACAGAUGUGACUAUGUCUUUGUCAAUGGGAAGGAAAUGAAAGGCAAAGUGAAUGUCAUAGUUAAUUUUACUUACCAGCAUCUGAGUGCCCCUUUAGAAAUGACAGUCUGGGUUCCUCGUCUCCCGCUGCAGAUAGAGGUCUCUGACACAGAACUAAAUCAGAUCAAGGGGUGGAGAGUCCCCAUCAUCUCUAAUAAGAGACCAGCCAGGGACAGCGAUGAUGAAGAAGAGGAUGAACGUAAGGGAAGAGGCUGUGCCCUUCAGUACCAACAUGCGAUGGUGCGAGUCCUCACGCAGUUUGUAGCUGAAGCCUCAGACCCCGGCGGCCAGCUGAGCUAUUUACUGGGUUCUGACUGGCAGAUUGACAUCACCGACCUAGUGAGUGACUUCAUGCAGGUGGAGGAGCCAAGAAUCGCUAAGCUACAGGACGGACAGGUUUUGAUUGGGCAGGAGCUUGGAAUGACGACAAUUCAGAUUUUGUCCCCCCUUUCAGAUGCUAUCUUGGCUGAGAAGACAGUGACAGUUCUGGAUGAGAAGGUGACAAUAACUGACCUGGGAGUGCAGCUGGUGGCUGGAUUGUCGCUUUCUCUGCAGCUCAGUCCAGGAAGCAAUAAGGCCAUCUUUGCUACAGCAGUAGCGCAAGAGCUGCUCCAAUCUCCGAAGCAGGAAGCAGCCAUCAGCUGCUGGAUCCAGUUCAGUGAUGGAUCUGUCAUGCCCCUGGAUAUUUAUGACUCUAAAGACUUCUCCUUGUCAGCUACAUCUCUGGAUGAGAAGGUGGUCUCCAUUCACCAUGACCCCAAAUUCAAGUGGCCUGUGAUUGCUGCUGAGACAGAAGGCCAGGGGACACUGGUGAAGGUAGAGAUGGUGAUCAGUGAAUCAUGCCAGAAAUCCAAAAGAAAGAGCAUCCUAGCUGUUGGAAGUGGUACCAUUAAAGUCAAGUUUGGGCAGAGUGAUGCCAACCCUAACAUCAGUGACAGUAAACACAGGGGUGCAGGUGUCCACCUAGAAAAUCAUGCCAGUGACCGGCGUCAGAAAACCACUUUGCAGGAAAGAGCUGGGCUAGACGGCCAGUACUACAGCUCCUCAAUGGGCCAAGAGCAAGGCAAAGGGACCACCACUCAAAGGUCUAUUUUAAGUAAAAAAGAAGACAGAGAAAGCCUCCUGGAUGAUGACAGUCAUCUGCAGAACAUCCCAAUAGACUUCACAAGCUUCCCUGCGCAGGUGGAUUUGCCAAGAAACAACGGAGACUUGGAAGAGAAUGACCUGGUCCAGACCCCUAGGGGACUCAGCGAUCUGGAGAUAGGAAUGUAUGCUCUUCUGGGAGUCUUUUGCUUGGCGAUUCUGGUCUUCCUGAUCAAUUGUGUCACUUUUGCUUUGAAGUACAGAAACAAACAAGUUCCCUUUGAAGAGCAAGAAGGCAUGAGCCACUCUCAUGACUGGGUUGGGCUCAGCAACAGGACAGAACUUCUGGAGAAUCACAUAAAUUUCUCAUCCCAACAAGAUGAACGUAUCACAGCCAUUGACAGAGGAGUGGACUUCGAAGAGAGCAAAUAUCUCCUCAACACAAAUGUUGCCAAAAAUAUUAAUGGACAAUCUUUCAGGUCUACUGAGUCCACAUUCACUGAAGGGAAGGAACAGAAAAGUGAACCAACUACUUCUCCUACCUCUAAGAGGAAACGAGUUAAAUUCACCACCUUUACCACCAUCUCGUCUGAUGAUGGGUGUCCAACUGUCAACUCAAUCUUGAUGAGUAGUGAGGAUGACAUUAAAUGGGUCUGCCAGGAUAUGGACCUGGGGGAGUGCAAAGAACUUAAAAACUAUAUGGAGAGAUUACAUGAAAAUGUGUAAUGAGACACAAAAGACUUUUUUGUUUGGUUUGUUCGUUCAUUUGUUUUUCACUCACCUUCUGCCUUUAAUUUUGGGUAGGGGGGCGAAUUGUUGUAUUGAUAACAAGAAUCAGCUGGUGGAUAAUAACUCAAUGGAGCCCCAAGAAACCACCCAAAAGCAGCUGGGAGAGCAGAGAUCCUGGACAGCUCUUACAAUUCAAGUCUUCUCUGUGCUCAGAGAUGGAAGUGAGAGAUGUGUGUGGUUUUUUGAUGCAUGGUAACAUGAAAAAAAAACUUAGCAAAAUAAUACGGUCUCAUUCUCUGAGCUUUCCCAGGAAAUCAAUAAAUAUAACAAACUCCAGUGCAGUUUGGAUAUUACAAAGUUCACACAGCUCUACUGUUCAAUAUUGCAAGCUUUGGUUAAAAGCAAAAAAUUGGUCUCAAAAUAAAUAGAUUCACAAAGAGAGCAUGUCAUUCAAGCCACAUGCAGAGAAUAUCUAUCCAAGAACAUUAGUUUAAAGCUGACAAAAACCAACAGUGUGAGCAAAGCAGCUCCCAGACCUGAAAAGUCAUAAGUUUCCAAGGAAUCUGGAGGGGAAAAAGGAGUAACCGGGCUGUUUACAAACCAGCAUGUUUGCCUCCCAAGCACUGAGAAUGGAUCCACAUAUACAGUUAAAACUGAAACUCUCUUUUUAAGUAGAUGCCAAGGUAAUAAACUUUGCCAGACAAUUUUCAGUAUUUCUUAAUUUGUAAAAUAGGAGAAGAUAUUAUCUAUACUCAGAAUAUCACUCGUAUAAAGGAAGGUCUGUUUUGGAAAGUUUGAGAGAACAAGCUAUUUUUAAAAGCCCACUUUAUUUGAUUGUCCUGUUCCAAAUUUCUAUUCCCAGCCAUUUCCCUGGAGCACUCCCCAUCUGGUAUCCUGAGGGCACUUACUAGCAUCAGUCAGCUUUGGAAGCCUGUGGUUUCUUCCUUCCCUUCCACGCUCACUCGCUUCUCCACGGCAUGCUCUUGCCAAGCACAGACACUGUUGGUACCGUGCUGGUACUUGCUUUACAUGCUGUCAUUUACCAAAGUUGGCCACUCUCUCUUGGGUAAGUGUAAGUUGUGCUGAACUUGGACACCAACAGCAACUGCCUUUUUGUCCGUCCCCUUCCCUGGGAGAGGUCAGGUUGUUCAGUUCGUUCUGCUCAUGCUUCUUAAGACCCCUGCUCAGCACGUUUAGAGGACACGCGAAGGUCGCAGAGGAGUGCUGCACAUUCAACGUUGAAACCGGAACAGCUAAACUCAGGAGAUAACAUUUGUUUCUCCCAGAGGUGAUGAUUAUCUUUUGUUUUCCUCUGAUAAGGAUGUACAUAUGGUAGGAUUUCAGUGAUUACCCUUUGAAUCCGAUGUGCCCUCCAGCCCUAAAACCAUGACAUUUUUUGUGAGGUCCAAAAGCAGUCUCCAAUGACCAGUGGCAAAGUGCCAAAGCACUAACUAAAAUCCAACUUAUAUUUCAAGUUUUCCUUUCUUUUCCAGAGUGAGUCCUUGCCCUCCUUUUACUGUUAAGUCUCUUUCUGUCAUUGAAUCUAGGUUGCUCAGUUUAAUACACACCCGCCCUCCCACAAACACUUAGAUCGAAUCCCUCUAUAUUUAGAAUGUACUGUAGAUUGUAAGAAUGUAAUAUAUAUAUAUUUAUAAACAUGCCAACUGUGAAUAAAAUUUGCAUUUUAGUGGCUUCA